AUGAUAGGAAAUAAGCAAAUAUAUCUAUUAGCAAUUUUGAUCAUUUUUCAAGUAGCAGUUUGCGAACUGCAAUCAAAGGAAUCUCUUAAAUUCUAUCCUCUUCAAGAUUCAGAUAAAUCUUUAGCAGUAUUUAAAUCAUCUUACAGCCAUGAUAUAGAUUUAAAUUCAUUAUUUAGAGAUGAAUACAUUUUUCCUUCAACUUUGUUAGAUAAUUUGCAUUUAACAAACACAAAAGAUUUUGAAAUACACGCAGGUUGUGGUUCAUUUAAUAGCGUUCUCUUUGAUAAAGACGCUGCUUUGUUAGAUGAAGUAGAAUUCCCUAUGAAUGGAGUUUAGACAUUAAUUUAUGGCGAUAAUGUAUUUUAUGAAGCUGGUAUAGAAACUUUGAGUGAAUUAUUCAAAUUCUCUCGCUUCAGUAUUAAAAGCGAAAACAAAUUUGAGUUUUAAUCUAGCUUUGCAUCUACUAAAGAAUUUAAAAAUAAAUUUAUCUUUGCAUAAGACCCAACAGACUACAUUUGUUCAGAUAAUAUUGAAAAAUUGAAGAAAUAUCUCCCUUGUUUAGGUAAUAAGGGUGUUUUCGAUUUAAUUGAUUAAACAACACUUUUCAGAUCUAGUUAUGUAGGUAUUGUAAUCAAAGUUAAAAUUGAAAAAAAUAGGGUAAACUUGAGCUUAUAAGUUGUUUCUGAGUUUUUAAAUAGCUAAAAAGAUGCAAUAUUUGUUUCUAACAAAUACGUUGAAGCUUGUCCCUACAUUUAAGACUCUGCCAUCAUAUCAGGUGAUUAAAAAAUUGAAGCUAGCAACAAGAGAAUUGAAAAUACAAAUGAAACCUCUGAAAAUGAAACAUCAAUGGCAAAACUAGUCUACAAGAGAUUAUCAAGCAUAGAAUUACCUGAAAAGCAAAAGAAAAACGGAAAAUAGCUUCAUAAACUUAAUUUAAUUAAGUCUAAGAGAUUUAUGAAGAAUAAUUGGUAUUAUCAUGAAGAUGCAUUAGUCCAUACUAUUAAAAAUAGAAGUGAUAAAUAUACUCUAGAUGUCGAAACAGCAGAAUAUCUUAACUAUUAUUUUUACCCCGUAUUUUCUUAAGUCAAAGUAUCUAUAGACGGCGUUAACCUUUUAGAGAAAGAUCCUUACAACAAAUCAAUUCUUUCUUUUGAAAGAUUGAGUAACAACAAUGUCUUGUUUAAAAUAAAAGUUGAACUUAAACCAAACCAAGAAGUUAGUAUUGUUAUUCCUAUGAUUAAAAUGAUGAAAUCAUUCGAAAAUUAUCCCUAUGAUCCUUAAAGAGGUCACGAUAUUAUAGCUGUCCCUAUUAUCUACAGAAUCAAAGAGCAAAAUUCUGAGUAUGGAUAAACCCCUGUCAUUAAAAUUUCAGCUAAUACAGUUGCAUUCUUACCAGAACCUGAUUUUUCUAUGCCCUUUAACAUUAUUACUUUUGUCUGUGUACUUAUGGGAUACAUUUUCCUCUAAAUUUUCAGACUAUCCACUGAAAAGGUUAAUUCAGAAGGUCAUGAUGAUAACAUCCUUAAGAAAAUACUUGAUUUAUUUAGAAAGUGA